CUGUUGGUAUGGAACACCGACCACAGGCAAGCAUAAUAAAUUGUCUCCAUGGCAACCCAGAUAGAAUUCCCAGCCCCUUGCUCCAGAGCAACCACACAGUCCCAAGGAGAGGGCAAACUACCCUUCAGGCAAACAACCCUUCGGGUAAGACACUGUGUGGACAACACCCCCAGGCCUGGCUCCAGGGAUGGGUCCCAGUAACCCUGUUCCAGCCAAGUCCUGUGCUUGUUAGCUCUCCUUUGCCCUCUUGGUCACCCUAUCCUCUGCCAUUAGUGGGCCAGGGACUUCCUCCAUGCCAGCCCUGUCCUGCAGGUCUUCCUCUGAAGAGGCCACACAGGCAGGGUGCUGAUCAGAGGGCUGUCCUACUGUGUUCUGGUGCUCAGGUGGUAGCACAGCUGCUAUCUGUGUGUCCCCAGCUCCCGCUGUUUCUGCAGCACCAGUCAUUGCUCCUCCCAGGUGCUGCUCCCUCUGCUUCUGGUCCUGCUGCUGCUGGUGGUGCUGUGGGUCCAGCUGGUGGAUUCGGUUUCCACCCAGUCCCCUUCUCUGACCCUAGCACAAUGGAUCGCUCCCAGAAGACAACAGCCAACAGAAUGAUUGAAGGUAGUGGGAGAGGUGGGGAUACCAUGGCAGAGAGAAGACAACUGUUUGCAGAGAUGCGGGCUCAAGACUUGGAUCGUAUUAGAUUAUCAACCUACAGAACAGCUUGCAAACUCAGAUUUGUUCAGAAGAAAUGCAAUUUGCAUCUGGUGGACAUCUGGAAUGUCAUUGAGGCUUUUCGGGAAAAUGGUCUAAACACCAUGGACCUCAACACUGAGUUUUCCAUGACUCGUCUGGAAGCAAUACUGUCCACUAUUUUUUAUCAGCUGAACAAGCGUAUGCCCACCACCCACCAGAUCAACGUGGAGCAGUCAAUCAGCCUUCUGCUUAACUUCCUACUGGCAGCAUAUGAUCCGGAAGGCCAUGGUAAAAUCUCAGUCUUUGUUGUGAAGAUGGCCCUGGCAACAAUCUGUGGGGGAAAGAUUUUAGACAAAUUAAGAUAUAUUUUUUCACAGAUAUCAGACUCUAGUGGCAUAAUGAUUUACUCCAAAUUUGAUCAGUUCUUGCGGGAAGUUCUGAAACUGCCAACAACCGUUUUUGAGGGCCCUUCCUUUGGUUACACUGAACAAGUCACAAGGUCUUGCUUUGCCCAGCAGAAGAAGGUCUCCCUCAAUACCUUCCUGGACACGCUCAUGUCUGAUCCUCCCCCUCAGUGUCUGGUCUGGUUGCCACUAAUGCACCGACUAGCCAACGUAGAGAAUGUCUUUCACCCGGUCGAGUGCUCCCACUGCCACACUGAGAGCAUGAUGGGAUUUCGCUAUCGCUGCCAGCAGUGUCAUAAUUACCAGCUUUGUCAGGACUGUUUCUGGAGGGGACAUGCCAGUGGUUCCCAUAGCAACCAGCACCAAAUGAAGGAGUACACAUCAUGGAAAUCUCCUGCUAAGAAAUUAACUAAUGCUCUGAGCAAGUCCCUCAGCUGUGCUUCCAGUCGUGAACCUUUGCAUCCCAUGUUCCCAGACCAGCCUGAGAAACCGUUAAACCUGGCUCAUAUUGUGCCUCCCCGACCCGUGAACAGCAUGAAUGAGUCCCUGUUCUCCCACUCAGUACCCUCCUCAGGAAGCCCUUUCGCAAACAAGAGGUGCCAUCUGUCUGAUUCUGAGAAAUGUGAUGGCGAUGAGCAUGUUCUAAUAAACCUGUUUGUAAGUCAGCUUAACGGAGCUCCACGCUUGCCUAACACCAAGAAUAAUGAAGUUGAGCAGAGCAAAGACUUGGCUAGGGCUGCUCCGUCUCUUUUGAAAGGGAAGGGGUUAAACUACAGCCUCGAUGUUGCGGAUAGACUUGCUGAUGAACAUGUGCUCAUCGGGCUGUAUGUCAAUCUACUGCACAGCAACCCCACAUGCAUGCUGGAGAGCAGUAGCCGUCUGGAUGAAGAACACCAUCUCAUCGCCCGCUACGCUGCCAGACUUGCUGCUGACGCUGCAUCAGCGCAACAAGCUCAACAGCAGCGAGGGACUUCAGAUAUUGCACUCUCUCUGGAUGCCAACAAACAGCAACGGCAACUUAUUGCAGAGCUAGAAAACAAAAACAGAGAGAUACUGCAAGAGAUCCAGCGGUUGCGGUUGGAACAUGAGCAGGCCUCUCAGCUGCCACCUGACAAGGCCCAGCAAAACCCCACCCUGCUGGCUGAGCUUCGACUUCUCAGGCAACGUAAGGAUGAGUUGGAGCAAAGGAUGUCUGCUCUGCAGGAGAGCCGCAGAGAACUGAUGGUGCAGCUGGAGGGUCUCAUGAGAUUGCUGAAGGAGGAAGAGUUGAAGAAUGCAACUCAGGGGGCGGGUUCCCCUCGUUCCUCUCCCAGUCACACCAUCAGCCGGCCAAUCCCCAUGCCCAUUCGCUCUGGCUCUGCUUCCGCCUGCACCACACCCACCCACACGCCUCAGGAUUCGCUCACUGGUGUGGGAGGUGACGUCCAAGAGGCUUUUGCUCAGGGCUCCAGGAGGAACUUGAGAAAUGACUUGCUGGUGGCGGCAGAUUCCAUCACAAACACCAUGUCAUCACUUGUCAAGGAGCUCAAUUCAGAGGCUGGCAGCGAGACAGAGAGCAAUGUGGACUCAGACUUUGGCCGCCCGCAGUUUGAUGACCUGGUCCUAUCGCCCACUUCAGAGAAGGCCUUCCUUGCACAGAUCCAUGCCCGCAAACCAGGGGGAGCAGAUGAUGCAGACUUUAUGAGGCCGGAAGUUGAGAGCUAUGAAAAUGACUCUGUUCGACAACUUGAAAAUGAGUUGAAGAUGGAGGAGUUCCUGAAACAGAACCAGCAAGAGAAAACGUACAUGAUGAGCCAUGCCCAGACUGGAGAGGAGAGGUACAGCAUGUGAGAUCGGAGGAUGAGGACUGGGACGGCAGGGGAAGAGGGGGGUCUGCUAGUCCUAUCAGAAGAAUGGAACGAGCACGAGCCCUGCAGCGAAUCCCUCAACAAGAGCACUGGAACUGCUUCCAAAAGAUUGUAGUUAGUCAUGGGUUUCAAAAGAAAUAUAUCCAUAUUUACUUAUUUUUCAGCGUUUUUGCAACCAUGAUUCAUUGCCUAUACCAGGACAGGAAAUGGCAGCUUACUGCUGCUUAUCCAAUAGCAGUAUUAUCAUUGGUGUUGUGAUUUUUACUAUUACUAUAGCAGUUCAUUAACGCAAUGACAUAUUCUUCACAGAAAGUCUGGACAAAAUGCUUGGUUUGUGUUUGAUUUACUGUACUUAUUUAGCUUAUUAAAUUUCAGAAAUGUACAAGUGCCACUGAACAUUGAGUCAUAGCCCUCACUCUGCGUGUCUUAUCCUGCUGAACAUGCAUUUAGCAUCAGUCUUCUUGCUUUAGUUUGUAUUUCAAAGGACACAGCAGCUUUACUGAAAAUCUCAAAAUUUCUGUGUUGUUCCUUAUAUUUGAAGGGCCUUUACAUGUAGAAUUUAUCCAUUUUGGAAAUGCUUCAAUAAUUUUAAUAAUUUAGGAAAGAAGCUAAAUCAAAAUAUGUUUUUGGUCUGUUACCCUGUGGCAAGUUCAUGCUGAGCAUCCUACCAGAAGGAAUUAUUUAAAUUUAUUUAAAUGUGAAAGUUUUUCCUGGAACUGAUGUUCUAGUGGAAAGAAAUACAUUUCUCAUAUGUGAAAUGAGUUCCAUUAUUUGCAAUAUACAUGCCUACUAAACGGUAGGAGCCACAUAUUCAGGAACCACAUAUUAAAUUUUGUUUUUUCAGUUACCCAUUCAUGAUUUUGCACCUCAGAUAGUUGGAACUGUAAGCAAAGGACUGACUUGAAUUUCAAAUGAAAAAGUUUUUAAUCAAAAUAUCUCAGCCAUAUUGCUUCUGUAAAUAUGUGUGUGUUUGUGUGUGUGUGUGUGUGUGUGUGUGCGCGUGCGUGCGUGUGUGUGUGUAUAGUAUAUAAAUAUAAUAUAUACACAUACAUAUACAUAUAUUUUUUGCAUGAAGUAGACUUUUCAACAUUAAACUAGUGAUGCUGCUAAAUAAAGCAGUAAAUGACAUGUAAAGAGCUAGUUUUACUCCACAGCAUAAGGAAGUGUAAACUGUGAAGUGAUUUGGGGAUUUGAGGAUUCUCAAUAACAUAGCUGUCUAUAAUACCACAGGUGCCAUAAAAUCAGAGGACUAUGAGAGUUAUUGGUUCAUUUUCUUUUUGUGUUCUGUGGCUGGUUAUUAACAGAGCAUGUGUUUAAGAGAAACAGUAUAGGUUCUCUCAAGAGGCCUUCAGGUGUUUUUGAGAAUUGUUUAAUUGAAAUUGAUUUCUUUCUGGUUUGGUUGUAUUUGAUUUUGAUUCCAAUAUGUGUGCAGAUGUUAGGCUCUUGUGAGCUCUCCCAACAUUGUAUAAGUAGUUGUAAAAGUAGGAUAGCACAAGAGAAAUGAGUUGACGUAGCUAAUGUUUGGAGUGCUCUGUUCUCUAUUCAAUUCAUCCAACUUGAACUUUGUAUUUGAAAGGUAGUUAUAACAGUUGAUUUGUGUAUAUCAGCAUGAUUUAUUGCAGAGGCAUUUCUUUAAGACAUGGGCAAAAACAGCAUGGCAUUCAGGUAUUGAAAAGAAUAUCCACUAUUGUUCAUUGCGGUUCCACAAAUGAAUGUUAAUAUUGAUUGGAAUUUAUAUUUUCUUAUUUGUUCACCUUUGACCAUUAAUAAUUAGGAUUUGUUGUCUACUUCUGCUGUUCUGUAGUCAUCCAGAAAAUUGCAUGGUAUCUUUUAUUUAAUUGGUGUUUAUGUAUAAUGAAGUAAUCUUGCUUGCUUUGAGCCUAAUUGUUUGUGUCUUUCACAUAAGGUGCUUAUUAUAUACCUGUCCUGUGAUUUUCUCCCACUGUUUGUAUACAAUAUAAUAUUGGUCCCAGUCCAACACAUGCUAGAUCAGGGUCAAAUUCAAAUUCAAAUUCAAAUUCAAAUGUGACUCUCUUCUGACUUGAUGCCUUUCCCCCAAUGGCCAUUAUUUUGUAUUGUGGUAAUGCAGUUCUUUUAUAUAAAGCUAGAUGGCGGUGAAACUCUCCAAAACAAUUUCUGCUUCCCUCGAUUGCCGGAGUCCUGGAAGGGUUUACAUAAUAUUCCCUUUCCAGUCCUUUUAGGCUGCUUCUCCUUCUACACCAGGGGUCUCAAACUCCAGUCCCAGAGGGCCACAGUCUCCGCUGGUUUUCGUGAUUUCCUUUCAAUCAGCAGCCAAUCCUGGCCUUGGGAACAAGGUGUCCAGACUCUUUAGCAAUCAAUGACUUAAACUAAGCACUUAAGUGCAGGAACACAUAAAAAACCAGCAGACACAGCAGCCCUCCAGGAUUUGAGUUUGAGAUCCCUGCUCUACAUCCUCGUUUGCCAACUCCUCUUACUGAGUAUGAGUAUGCUUUUGGCCAUGUUGUGUGUCCCCCAAUAGCACUGGAGGUCAAUUUAAGCAAGGGCAGUUGGCAUGUGGCCCCAUCAUCAGUUCCCUUCCAGGGAUCCGGCAUUAUGUGCUUUAUCCUGGAUUGGGAGCAUGGGAGAAAAUUCCUAUUGCCCACAACACUUUGUGUUAUAGUUGCAGACAGUUCAAAAAUUCAGCGAGGUUUCAGGUUAAGCAAUGUAAAUGCCAAAUUAAAAAUAUGAAAGAGAAUUACAUAAGCUCUUAUGUUUUUCAUCAGCAUAAUAUGAAAAACUGUGUAUGAAUUAUAAUACACACUAUUUUGUGUACCAGGUAUAAUGUUAUGUAUAAUGGUGUCUUUCUGUUGAAAAAUGCCUGACAGGACAAUUAUAUAGAGAGCUAGCUAGAGUGAAUUCUGCAUAAGGCCGUUCUGCUAGUCAUCAGUAAGGUUCAAUAUUGAUUAGAUCAAGCUGGCCACCCAAUUAAUAUUAUUUUGUGAAUGGUAGCUAUAAGAUGAAAAAGGAUUUAGCUUACUGGCUCACGAUAUUGACAGUGGGUUGUACAAGUUAAUUAGAUACCAGGCAAGCUGAUUAGAUAACUUUGAUAGCUUAUCUAAAUGAUAAAGAUUAAAAUCCAUUUAUCCACGCCACCCCACCCAGUAAGUUUGGACAUACAUUGAAAUGGCUAACUUGCUAGGUAAUUGGAUUAAGAUAUAUUUAGCUGGCUUGCUGAUUUUAUAUUUACAAUUUGAUAAAUUAUGUUGAAAUGUAUUGAACUUGCACUGCUAUGAUUAAACACAUAAUCUUAAUGCGAAAUAACACAGCCACAGCUGGGUCCAAAGCUACCGUCUUGAAUCUCCUGCCCUCUCCCCUCCCCGUACUGUUCACCUCCUGAGCUGGUUUUCUUGUAGAGGUCAGCAAAACAGCUUACUGGGGUGGCCUCAAAUAAAGGAAACAGGAUGAGACGCAGCCUAACAUUAACACACUAUACUGGUGUAAUGUCACCUAAGCCCUAGAUUCGAUCUAAACUGUAUAUUUGUGGCUUUGUUAUUGGGCAAAGCACAAUGUAUCUCAUUCACUUGUCUUCAUACUAAGCAGGGCAGCACUGAACAGAAGGCUAAAGCCUCCAUUAUACACUGUGACGUUUCCCGUGAAAUAGCAAAAUAAUGAAAGAUUUAAAGUGCUAUUUUAAGAUUUUCCAGAAAAUGGCUAUAUUACGUUAGGUUCAUGUAUUCUUUCCACUUUAAACUUUAUCUAAAAUGAUUUUGCAAACAGACAAAAAAUAUCUCAUAUUCAUCAACUUUCUUUUAGAAGAAUUUACACAUUCUUCUGUUCUUAUUUAGAAAUUGAUGCCAUUCCUCCUAUUAAAAAAUCUCCCUUCUCUUUAGGGCUGUCCUCUGUCUAUAUUUCCACACUUCAAGGAGAUGGGUCAGUGUGGCUGCUACAAGCUUCCAUACCAUACACCAUAUGGCAUCUGUCAUUAAAAUGUUUUUUUUUUUUAAUCAGCUGUGAUGCACAUACCCUGCUAGUGCACAAAAAAAUCACAGAUGUCAGCUCAGGACAAGUACCCCUUACACACAUAAAAAAGGGUCUGGGUCCAUAACUAACUCUUAAGGGUCCAGUUAAAUCUAUGCCAUACUUUUUUCAACAUCCAUUUUUAUUCAAUGUAGACCAUUCCUUAUUCAAAAUCCAUUCAUAAUAUAUUUAUUUAUCAUUGCUUAUCGAACAUCCAGCCUGAUUGCAUGUACGUAUAUUCUGUCACUCACUCAACAUACAUUCUUAGGAUACAUGUACAAUUGUUAAUUUAACAUUAUUUCAGAUUCAUAUUUAUCAUAUUCAAUUGGUUAUUCAAGAUCAUUUGGUACUAAAGAGUUAACUUAUAUUAGACCACCUACAUUUCCAAAAAUGCCCAAAUGGAGAAUACUGUCAUGACACCUGGUCUAGUGAACAAAAAAUCCUUUGAUGUAUCAUAGUUAUUUUUAUCAUUAAAUGUCCUGUAAUAAAUUAUAUUAUUUUUACAUCAAUGGCAUGUGGCACAAAGCAAAGCUAAUUUUACACACUGCAUGAUCAUUGUCUCACAUUCAACAAACUACUGAUGAGUAUAUGCAAGCCAGAUGGAACUCAGUGAAACACCUGCCCAACUAUACUAGUAGCAGCUGCAUUAGACUGGUCCACCUCUCCUAUCUGUUAAUUCUAUUGACAUUUCAGUCUUGAACUCAAACCCAUCUUUCAUCUUUAUUUAAAUGGCUUUCAUUUAAUAUAUAUGAGCAAUGCUUUAAAAUUCCCUUUUUUGAAAUGUUGGCAUCUACACUGCCUUUUUCUCUUUGUUCAGUAUGUAGUGUUAAUAUUAUUCAAAGAGUGCAUUUUCAUAUUAUACAUGUAACUCAAGUUUAUAUGGAAUUAAAUUUAGAUGUGUAAUAACAGACAAAUCAAGCUGAUGUCUGGCCUCCAUUUUUCAGUCAAACGGUUCAAUCCCCUUCAGCUAACACUUGAGCAAUGCUGUGUGCUGUCUACUGGCUUAAGAGUUUGGGUGUGCAGAGAUCUUUCCCUCUGAAUGGACUACUGUUUUGGUAAGAAAUAAUAUUUACUUUCUUAAUUUCAUGAACUGCCCACUUUUAUUCAUGGAGCAUCAACAUUUUGGUGGGGUGUAUAGCAUCCCCUGUGGUUGGGAAAAGUGGAAACAAGUUAAAAUUUAAUUUAUCUGUCAUUUAACUGCAGAUUUGGUGACUAGACCAAGGGUUUUAUUUUCUGUGGUUUUCCCAGUUUUUACAAAUCAAUAAUGUAGUGUUACCAUGUAAAUACGUAUUGAUUAAUGAGCAAAACCCAAGAAAAUGGUUAAUUCAGCUGUACAUAUGACACUAAUAUGCCCUGAAUAUGUAAGGAGAACACUGGUCAAAAUCUAUAAUUGAUUAUUUUGAACACGUGUGCCUACACGCACACUGCCAUGUCUAUGUGCGUGCGCAUAUGUAUGUAUUUGUAAAAUGAUCAAUUAUAUAUUAUGUACAUGUGGAUAUGGAUAUGGAUAAGCAAUUCCUUACAUUCUAGAAAUGCAGCGCAAGUACUAGCUCCAAGUCCUAUCAACUUCACUGGACAUCAUCACUCUCAAGUCAACUAGCCAGCUACUGCUUUCCCUGUACAAAGUUUGCUUAUUACAUAAAUACAGUAGUGUGUCACAAUCUGCUCAGAGAACAAAAGAUCACCCUCAAUCCGCAGAAUUCAGGAAUGAUUUUCUUCAUAUCCAUAUGUAUUAUACAUCAUAUAAUGUUAUAGCUUUUGACUGCAGUUCCCCUUCAAGGGCACUGUAUUUUGAACCAAAAAUGUACAUUUGUCCAGCUGUCACUACUAAAUGUAAAAAAUAGUACUUUAAAUGCUACUACUGUGCUUGACACCUUUAGAAGUAAUACACUGAACAAGGAAGCACUAAAUAUGCCUACUUUGUCUCUUCAUGGUAUUGUAAUAGAAUUAAUGAUGUCUGUUUUGUAUUGUUGUUCAGUAUCUUUUUUUUUUGUUUGUUUGUGUUGGAAACAACUGGGACAUGUUAUAUUUUGAAGUGAUUAAAAUAUUUAAAUGUGAA